CGACAUAAGUAGUUUUGCGCAUCAGCUGGCGGUGGGUGGCAUGUCGAAAAAAAAAAACAUAAAAGAAUCCCCGCAUAAAUUAGUGUCCUUUUCACUGUCGUAAAAUAACGUGUAAUUUAUGCAUUUUCUCAAGCGGUUUACAAUAUCCGGAAAGUCGCGAUUGAAACAGUGCCAAACAGGUGUGAAUCUGUAGAAAAAAGUCGUGUAGUUGCGGAAGACGUUGAAGAAGAAUAAUUGUUUGCGUGGGUGAGGGACGCCGCCAAGGACGAAUUCGUACGAAUAUUUCGUGGCGUGCAUUUUCGCUUGCUGGUAGUGUUUCGAUGUUCGAGUUUUCCUUCCACCUCUUCCUGGCGGUGAUUCUGGUUCUGGGGAGCGUUUGGUGCGCCGGGCGGUACUUCCUGCGGGAAGAUGUGGUCUACAUUCCGGACGGCAAGCGGCGUCACGCGUGGAAGUCCGUCAAGUUUCAAAAUCGGCCCUGCUUCUGUUCGAUAUGCGAAAUGAUGAUGUCCUCGAAUGGGGUCUUCUGCGAGAACUGCGGAGUUUGCUCGGACAAUGGGUGCGUCCGGAAGGCGGAUGUGGAGUUCCGGUGUAAGGAGUUGCGCAUCCGGAGCCGAGCCGACGACGGGAAAGAGAGCAGGCAUCUGUGGAUAAAGGGGAAUCUGCCACUGGGAUCGGAAUGCUGUGUUUGUGCGGAGGACAUUGAUCAGCUCAGUGAACCUGGGCUGUAUGGCCAGAGGUGCGCCUGGUGCCAAAGAGCAGCGCACGAUAAAUGUUUCAGCGAGGUGUCCAAGACGUUGUGCGACUUUGGCGAGUUCAAAAGCAUGAUAUUCCCACCCAAGUGCAUUCUGGCCUCACGCUCCAAAGGGGCUCCGAAGGUGCACUUGACCGGAAUCAUUCCGCCGGAGUGGAAGGAUCAAUGGAAACCGCUCAUUGUGGUUGCUAAUUCCAAAUCCGGAAGCAGCGGAUCGCUGGAAGUGGUGGCAUCAAUGCGCGGAAUCCUACACCCACUGCAGGUGUUUGAGCUGGAAUCACACGGUCCCCAGGAGGCGCUUCAGUGGGCAAUCUACGCGGCGCCGGCAACGUGUCGAAUUUUGGUAGCCGGAGGUGACGGCACAGUCGGAUGGGUUCUGAACACGUUGCUCCAGAUGAAGGUGGAACCCCUGCCGGAAGUGGCCAUUCUACCGCUCGGAACCGGUAACGAUCUUUCCCGAGUGCUUGGCUGGGGAGCUGAGGGCCCGGACACCUUCAAUGCGAUUGAAUAUCUCCGGAAGAUCGAAAAGGCGGAACCGGUACAGCUGGAUCGGUGGUUAAUGGAGAUUUCGGUGGUACAUCAGAGUCGGUUUCACGUUCCUCGCUUCCAUUAUCGGAGAAGCGUCUUUGUCUACAAUUAUUUUAGCAUUGGCGUUGACGCACUCGUGACCUUGAAUUUCCACAAAGCGAGAGAUAGUUCGUAUUAUUUAUUUAGCAGCAGAUUUAUAAACAAGGCUUUAUAUUUGUGCUACGGUACGCACCAGGUGGUUCAACAGGAUUGUGUUGAGCUGGAGAAAAAGGUGGAACUGUACCUAGAUGACGUCAAAAUUGAACUACCGGAACUGCAAUCCAUCGUCGUACUUAACAUCGAUUCCUGGGGAGCCGGAGUGAAACUAUGGGAGAUGAGCAAGGACUCGCCGACCCACGGGGGCAGUAGCAUGCGCGAGGUCCACAGCAUUUCCGACGGCAUUGUGGAGGUGUUCGGCGUGGUGUCAUCGUUCCACAUUGCUCAACUGCAGGUUGGCUUGAGCAGACCCGUUCGGCUGGGACAGGCCCGCCGUGUGAGGAUCCGGUUGCACGGAACGCUCCCGGUGCAGGCCGAUGGGGAACCGUGGAUGCAGGCGCCCUGUGAUAUUAACAUUGGCCACUGCGGCCAGGCUACGAUGCUACGCAACGUUGUUAGCCAAUGAGCAGAAGGGUGGGGAUACGACGAAACGAAGGGUAAGUACCUACCCGUUAAGUCAAACCAUCACGAUAUUCAACUUAAUCGAACCCACGAAUCUUUAGUCAGUCUCACCGAAGAAUACAUAGUUACAUUAUAGAGAGAAGCUUAAUAUACUAUAACCCUUCCUAAUAAUACAAACUGCCCCGUAAAAGAGGCAUUCGUUGAAACCAGGACUUUAAAUUGAUGAAGAUUUAUUUGAACGAACAAUACUAAGCUUUUAGUUGCCAGCAUUAUCACUGUACUGUUAAUUAGAUGGUAAGUUGCAAACGGGAAUUGUGAAACGAGGAAUCUCAACCAUGGCGAAUCAAGAUAUUAUACUAUUGUGUGGAAUUACUAUGUGUACUAAUCUGAAAAAGAUCUGAUAACAGCGUGCAUUUCGCAAUGUGCAUUUUUACUUGUUGUUACGAACCAACGGCGUCGGACUAUUUAUAUCUGUAUUUGUAUUUAUAAAUUAUAUGCAAUAGACAAAUUUAUCAAAGAAUACCAAAUUGAAUAAAAACUCCAGAUACAUA